UGAGCUGCGCAGCUUCCAGACGUCCGGUCUAUUGUGGUUAAUAAGUCGUGUAGGUGAAUUUAUUAUUACUGCGUCGGGGAAGCCUUGUAAACCAGAGGUCAGCCCAUGCAGGAGGUGUGCUUUAACUCCUCCCCUCGGCCUGUUACGUCCUCCCCCCCUCUCUCUCUCUGGAGCCAGCAGCAGCAGCACCACAGGAGCUGCCGUGCCUCGUCUCUCACGGAGGAGAUCUCAAAAGCCGGAGCUAAUUUAGCUAAACCCCAUACAGCCAUGGCAGAAAGCGCCGGCUUGGAAAACCACCGCAUCAAGAGCUUUAAAAAUAAAGGACGCGAUGUCGAGACUAUGAGAAGACAUCGGAAUGAGGUGACGGUUGAGUUGAGAAAGAACAAACGAGACGAACAUCUACUGAAGAAGAGAAAUGUCCCGCAGGAGGAGUGUCUGGAGGACUCUGAUGUCGACUUGGACCUCAAAGGACAAAACAUUACGCUUGAUGCCAUCUUACAGAACGCUACCAGUGAUAAUGCAGUUAUCCAGCUCAGUGCUGUCCAGGCAGCCAGAAAACUGCUCUCAAGUGACAGAAACCCUCCGAUCGACGACUUGAUAAAGUCUGGGAUCCUCCCCAUUUUAGUCAAAUGCCUGGAAAGAGACGACAACCCCUCUCUUCAGUUUGAGGCAGCUUGGGCUCUGACCAACAUUGCCUCUGGGACAUCGGCACAGACUCAGGCUGUGGUUAAAUCCAAUGCAGUGCCCCUGUUCCUGCUACUGCUACACUCUCCCCACCAGAACGUAUGUGAACAGGCUGUAUGGGCUUUAGGAAACAUUAUAGGUGAUGGUCCACAGUGCAGGGAUUAUGUCAUCUCCCUGGGCGUGGUCAAGCCCCUGCUUUCGUUCAUCAACCCAUCCAUCCCCAUCACCUUCCUCCGCAAUGUCACCUGGGUCAUUGUUAACCUCUGCCGCAACAAGGAUCCACCACCACCUAUGGAAACUGUGCAAGAGCUUUUGCCCGCCCUCUCUGUGCUACUAUACCACACCGAUAUAAAUAUCCUCGUAGACAUGGUGUGGGCUCUGUCCUAUCUGACGGACGGGGGCAACGAGCAGAUCCAGAUGGUCAUUGAUUCUGGAGUCGUUCCGUUUCUUGUGCCGCUCCUCAGCCAUCAGGAGGUCAAAGUUCAGACGGCAGCUCUGAGGGCAGUGGGGAACAUCGUGACGGGGACAGACGAGCAGACACAGGUUGUGCUCAACUGUGACGUCCUCUCACACUUCCCCAACCUGCUCACACACCCGAAAGAAAAGAUCAACAAGGAAGCAGUCUGGUUCCUUUCCAACAUCACAGCUGGGAACCAGCAGCAGGUCCAAGCUGUGAUCGAUGCUGGACUGAUUCCCAUGAUCAUUCACCAACUGGCCAAGGGCGACUUUGGUACACAGAAGGAGGCGGCGUGGGCCAUCAGCAACCUCACCAUCAGUGGGAGGAAAGACCAGGUGGAGUUCCUGGUGGAGCAGAACGUAAUCCCUCCUUUCUGUAACCUGCUAUCGGUGAAAGACUCCCAGGUGGUGCAGGUUGUCCUGGACGGCCUGAAGAAUAUCCUCAUCAUGGCGGGAGAUGAAGCGAGCACCAUCGCCGAGAUCAUAGAGGAGUGUGGAGGUUUGGAGAAGAUUGAAAAUCUGCAGCAGCAUGAGAACGAGGAUAUCUACAAACUAGCCUUUGAGAUUAUCGAUCAGUACUUUUCAGGAGAUGAUAUUGAUGAAGAUCCCAGCUUGAUCCCUGACACAACUCAAGAAGGGACCUUCAACUUUGAUCCAGCUUCCAACAUGCAAAUGAAGGAGUUUAAUUUCUAAAAGCCAGGAUGUUUUGGUUCAACCAGCUGCACGGGUACUCUGUAAUCACAUUCAUCCAUCUCUCCUCCAACCUGGCAACCUGGUACCGAAGGAUUUACUUAGCAUCACUUCAACAUGGAAACUCACCACUAAAGGAUCUACCCACCCCACCUCUGCACUGCGGGAUGUUUUUUUUUUGUUUCCGUUUUUGUUAAUGGUCAUCCUUCACCGAGCACGGCAACCCUACACAGGAGUCCUGGUCAUUCAACAGGCACCACCACCAUCUGGCAACCUGCACCAGGAGGGCUGUCUCUAUUCUCUGCCGGUGCGGCUUCUAAAUAUCCCACAGAAAUACAACCGGAAGGAAGAAAAAGCCUUCGUGGCAAGAUGUAAUUGCCAAAUGUCAAGUUUUCACAAAGACAAAAACACGAGCGCAUUUUCAGACACAAAGUUGCACACACACGUUUUGACACUUAGAAUUUGUGUGCAUACUUCUGUUGGAAGCCAUCAUAUCACUUAUGGGGAAGAAAUACUGCUGUUUGUUUGUGGUUUCUUUUUGUGCUUUCCCUCCCCUGGAUUGUCCUCGGGUGUUACUUCACCUACGCGCACUGACAUACAAGUACACACAUUGGCACACUUUAGUCACACUGAUUCCCGAUGGCCGGGCACCCCAAUAACCCUCUCUCACCCAGUUUAAAGAGUUAAUCCCAGAGCUCAGCCACGGGUAACCACAGACCCCUGCUGCCCUCCCAGGAGAGUCCUGGGGUAGGGGGGGCUCCAAGGCAAGAAAAAAAAAAAAAGAAAAGAGGACUCCGUGGCAAACUGACUGCUGACGGGACUUCUGGCUCACUGACGUCACUUUUUUUAAUGUGACAUCUGUUGAAUUAUCAAGCUUAACGUUUGUUUAAAAAAAAAAGAAAUUAUAAAAAUAUGAAGAAAAUGCCAUAAUUAUUAUUUCUUUCAAAACCUACAACUGUAAAACCUGCUAACUGCUUCCGAUUCAGCAGAGCGACAACAAUUUAGGAUUUUUUCUUACGGAUGUGACUCCCUGUCACGGGAGGAGGAGGCGGAGGCACCU